AUGACCUUCUCUCCCUCUCCUUCACCCACUUCGUCACCCACUCCCGUCUUUGACCACAGGCGAGUGCAAGGCGGUGAUAAGCCUCAUUCCCAAGGAUCACUUCGUUUCGGGCCUAACGCACAUGCCAGGAUUUUCGAUACUUCUACACCAAAUCAUCAUCAUCAACAACAACACCAACAACAACCACUCAAGUCGUCUGCCCUGUCCAACAGACCACCACCAGCAAUGGAUCCACUGAACUUUGAUAAUUUCGGUUCAUCUUUGGCUUCUUCCAAAUCAUCAAAAUCACAAUCGCAAUCCAAAUCAGCAUCAGGCCAUCUAUAUAGAAAAGCUGUAGACCCCUCCUCGACCUCGACGUCACAUGCUAACGGUACGAACAGAGCUUCAGGUUCCAACUCCUACGGCAGCUAUAUCAAACCUGCUACUCCCAAUGCAUUCCAAAACGACACCCCUUAUCAGCAACAACAGCAGAUUAAACAAGUCUUCUCUAAACCCUCCCAUCAACCUGCAUUUAACACAAAUCAACAAUGGCCAGCAUGGGUACAGAAUGGUCAAUCUAACCCAGUGCUGAUACACCAUCAACCUCCUGCUCAACCAUCCAAGCCGAGAGUUCCAUCAGAGGAUGACAAUAUACCUAGAGAAGACUUCAACAUCGAUGCUAUACCCAUCACGGCAGAGGAUUAUCAGCGAUAUAAUGGAGAUGCCGACAAACACAUGCAGGAGCUUCUGAGUGGAGCGAUAGGUGAUGGUGAAGGUGAAUUGGAUGAUAAUUCAGAAGGAGAUGAUGUGAUUGAAGGUUUCGCGGAUGGGAUCAAGUUGAUGCCUCAUCAGGUCAGAGGGGUGAAAUGGAUGAGACAGAGGGAAAGUGGAAGGAAAUACGGAGGUAUCUUAGCUGAUGAUAUGGGUCUCGGUAAGACUGUACAGACAUUAGCUAGAAUUGUAGAAGGUAUUGCUACCACAGCAGAGAAGAAAGCAGGUUUCAAAGCUGGUUCUUUGAUCAUCGCUCCUCUUGCUGUCAUGGAACAAUGGGCUACAGAAGCUAAAAGCAAGACCAAGCCCGGUAAACUGAAGGUGACCACGCAUCAUGGUCCAAGUAGGACCAAAUCCGCCAAGACCCUCGAAAAAUUCGAUGUGGUAAUAACAACCUUCCAAACCGUUGCAUCAGAAUUUGCGGUUCACGAAACAGCCGCUCAGAAAAGACUGGAAGAAGUGGAUUCCGACUCUGAUGUUGAUACCGGUAGGAAAGGUGCUGGGAAAGGCAAGAAUACCAAGAAGGCUGGUUGUCCACUGUUCGAGGUGAAAUGGUUAAGAGUAGUGGUCGACGAAGCGCAGAAUAUCAAGAAUCGAAAUACGAAAGCUGCCAAAGCUGCGGUAGCUCUUCAAGCGAAGUACAGAUGGUGUUUGACAGGUACUCCAAUUCAAAACAGCGUAGAAGAACUUUUCUCACUUUUCAAAUUCCUUCGAGCAAGACCUUUAGACGACUGGGAAGAUUUCCGAGACCGUAUUAUAAAACCUGUCAAAGAUGGUAAGACCAAAUUGGCCAUGAAAAGGUUGCAUGUGAUCUUAAAGGCUAUCAUGUUGAGGCGAACCAAGGAUGCUACAAUCGACGGGAAGAAAAUCCUUAAUCUACCUGGACGCACUGUCCAGGUGACACCCUGUGAAUUCGAUGAGGAGGAAAAGGCAUUCUAUGAUGCGCUGGAGAAGAAGACGGAAUUGACAUUCAACAAGUUCGUCAAGAAUGGUUCCGCUAUGGCUAAUUAUACGUCCGUCUUAACCAUGUUGUUGAGAUUACGUCAAGCAUGUGUGCAUCCUUUACUGGUUACCAAGUCGCUCACUACCGAUUCAGACGCUAUCGGCGAUGCCGCUACUCAACCCAAAGAAGUGGAGACUGCAGAUCAGGCUGAUGAACUGGCCGACCUCUUGGGUGGAUUGGGCGUGGGCAGUGGGAAAACUUGUCAACUGUGUUACGUCAAGUUACAAGACCAAUCUUCGACUCACUGUGAACCAUGUUCUGAAUUUGUCAAAAAAGCCGAAUCGAAAUCGAAACUCUCGACUGCAGACGAGAGCCUACCGCCUACUUCGGCAAAGAUCCGAAUGUUAUUGAAACUGCUCUCUGAGGUUGAAGAGCGAUCUAACAAGACAGAGAAGACGAUUGUCUUUUCGCAAUUUACGAGUUUCUUAGAUUUGAUCGAACCAUUCUUGAAAACUCACGGAAUCGCUUAUGUUAGAUAUGACGGGUCUAUGAGGAAUGAUAAAAGACAAGAAUCAUUAGAUAAAAUCAAGAACCAUCCUGGAACGAGAGUCAUACUGAUAUCGUUCAAAGCUGGAAGUACAGGUCUUAACUUGACUUGCUGUAAUAAUGUCAUUCUAAUGGAUUUGUGGUGGAACCCUGCAUUGGAAGACCAAGCGUUCGAUAGAGCCCAUCGACUCGGUCAGAAGCUAGACGUGAAUAUAUUCAAACUGACUAUAUCAGAAACAGUUGAAGAUCGUAUAUUGGAAUUGCAAAAUGCCAAGAGAGAAUUGGCCAAUGCAGCGUUAAGUGGAACAGGUGCCAAUGGAGUAAUGAAAUUGACGUUGAAUGAUAUCAUGAAAUUGUUCAAAAGGACUAGAAGAGAUGAAGACGACGAUGAUGAUGAUUCGGAUUGA